AGUUUGUCACAUCGCCUGUGUCGGCUUUUGGUUUGUGAAGUGUUUCGUGGUCCUGAUUGAGCGCUUUCUCUGGCAUCAUGGUCGAGCAGUUUGUAGGAAAGUGGACUCUAGUUUCCAGCGACAACUUCGAUGAAUAUAUGAAGGCAGUCGGUAUGAGCUUUGCCACUCGCCAGAUGGGGAACCUGGCAAAGCCCAACCUGAUCAUCAGCGUGGAGGAUGACGGGGUUAUUUCAAUGAAGGCUGAGAGCACUUUGAAGACGACCGCGAUCCAGUUCAAGCUGAAUGAAGAGUUUGAUGAGACGACGGCAGACGGUCGCAACGCAAAGUCCAUCUUCACCGUUGAGAAUGGAAAACUUGUGCAGAAACAAUCCUGGGAAGGAAAGACUACAACCCUGGAGAGGGAGGUUCAAGAUGGAAAACUUACGGCUAAAUGUAUCAUGGAUGAUGUUGUUGCAGUUAGGACCUAUGAAAAGGCAUCAUAACCUCCCUGUGAUGAACCAGAUGCCAAUGGAUUGAGGUUUUUGAAGCUCUAAAUAAAACCUGUGAUGCUA